AGUCAGUUAAAGCACUUGUUGCGACAAAAUCGGGCGCGCACUCUUGCUGUCACAUUUGAGGAGAAUUUCGUUUUCCGCUGCAUACAUGGAGAAGUGCUCUUAGCUCCUGCGUGUGACAUUUUAGUGUCUGGAUCAUCUCUAGUGAAUCGCUACAACCCUAACGGUUUGGUAUCCACGAUAUCCACGAAAAUGGUGAUCACCCUGGCUUUUUGGCUUUUCCUUUCAAUAGGAGCGAUUUCGGCAGAAAGAAAAUUUAGGAACGCUCCAAUCGCUACAAGCGUAAAAACCGGAGUAAAUUUUGAUUGCCCCGAAGAAUUUGGAUACUAUCCACACCCCAGCGACUGCACGCAGUACUACGUUUGUGUUUUCGGUGGAGCACUUUUGGAAUCAUGCACUGGAGGCCUUAUGUACAGCCAUGAGCUCCAAACCUGUGACUGGCCCAGGAACGUGGGUUGCGAUGGAUUGGACGUGUCAGUGUCCGGUUCUCCAGCUUCCUUUUCCUACAGCACACCGUCGAGGAGCAAAGAGAGAGGAAGAGAGAAGGAAAAAGUUAGAAAUGAGUCGCGAACUAAAUAUUCGCCACCUCCUCCACCACCACCACCUCCUGCACAGCCUGCUGCCGUUGUGACAUCUAGAGGCCAACCCAGAAAUUUGCAUCAGAGCCAACAACAAGAAAUUAUUAAGAGAAAACAACAACAACAGCUUUAUGCUGAUGCAGAAGAAACUUUGCCUCCGGCCGAAGAAAUUGAAAAUGAUCGUCAACAACGUGUCUAUCGUGGACAACCUUCAACCAUUGGUCAAGUACAAAGAGACAGAGAUGGUCUCAGACAUUCUAAUGCCAUAUCUUCAUACAGUGGAAGAGGCGAAAAAAUCGGUGUAAUCUCAUUUGGAACUCAAAAUCAACAUUACAGAUCGACUGAUGACGACAAACUACUUAAAUAUUUGACAUCAAAGAAGAGACAUAAGAGACAAAUACGAAAAAGUCACCUUCCUGAAACCCUACAUCAUCAUCCCAGACAAGGGACAGAGAAAAAAAUUGUGGAUUUUGUGCAAUUUCAGCCGUUGACUGAAAAUACCUAUAAAAGCCACACCAAGAGAAUUAACUUUAAUCCUAGCGCACAGAUAAGUAAUAACGAAGAAGAAUUCCACCCUUUUACUCCUAGUUACCAAAAAUCUAGCAAUUACCAAUACAUCGCUUUUGGGAAGUAUGCUGAUACGCCAAGAACUUCUACAUCUAGAUACGUAGAUAACUACACACCAAGAACUAAUAAAAUAAAUCGCUACCCAAUUAAAUAUAAACAGUCACCUGUCUUAAUCCUUCAAGGGGAUUACAGUCAGAUAGAGCCUCUGACAGUUCCUAACCAAUCACAAAAACAAGAUAAAAAUAAUCAAAUAACCCAAGCCUUAGUAUCGCCUUAUACAGAAACUACCAACACAACCGAAGAAUUGCAAGAUAAAUCCGAAGACAGUACAAAUCAUGAAUCAACUGAAAGUGCUAAUAACGAAACUCUUUAUAACGCAGAAUACGAUCAUUUUCAACCGCCUCCAGAGUUUUUUAAAUCCGAGAACAAGUACGCUAAUAUCAAGAAUCCGUUUGCAAACCCAAACUUCGAUUUCGAUGAGUUCCUCAAGAGGUUUGAAGAUUUCCUUACCACUACAGCGAAGCCCACAGAAAAAGUUACUACAACCAGAGCUCUGCCGCCUCAUUUAAACGUAACAGAUAUAUCACCAGGCCUAAACAAUCACAGAAGCAUCUAUUCCAAAGUAAUAUCAGAUUACGCGGAUGGUAAUGGAUUUAAAGAUGACAAAAAUAUAAAUAAUAAAAGAUACAACUAUCCAACUGUUGAUCCUAUUAACUAUGUUUAUAAACAUUUAGGAAACGGAUCCGUUUUGGUAAUUCCGAAAGCAGAUGAAAAAAAAAUUCAUCCAAAUUAUGGGUGCGUCGAUGCAAAUAACUCAAGCAAAAGUAUUUGCAACCAAGAUAUUAAACAAGAACCAAAACCUUUUUCGAAAGCUAACCAACUGAACAAGUCCAAUGAUUAUUACUAUUAUUACGACGGAUAUGAAGACGAACCUUACUCCGACAAAGACAAUAAGAAAAACAACAAAGAUUAUAUUUAUUACUACGAAGACUAUUAUUAUCCAGAAUUUAAUUUAAGUAAGAGUUCUUCAACUAACACAACAAAUCGAAGCAAACCACAAACUUUAGAAACUGAGCGACAAACUUACAACGUUUCCAGUACUCCUCUUACAACAAUGACAACAACAACAACAUCACCAAUAACAACAACACCAAUAACAACAACUAGUACUACUACCACCACUGUUGUUCCCUCUACAGUUUUAUAUAAACAAAAUACUCGUAUAAGUAGUAAGCCAAAAUAUUCGCUAAACACAAAUAGGGGUUUAAACAGAAUUAAUAGACCUCUAAGUAAUACAAACAGGAAGAGAAAUGAAGAAAAAAUUAGACAUCAACAAACAACAACACAGUCUAAUGCAAUUGGUUCUAAAAAAUUACGAUGGAAAGGUAACAAGAGUGAAGAAAAAACUGUAGCUCCACAGCAAGCCUCAGUAUCCGCUGUAACUGCGCCAGCAAGGAAUAUUUACAAUGGAUCCCAAUAUAACGACAACCGCUAUGAACCUUAUUAUGCUCUAUAUGAUGACGAUGUUGAAAUAUACAGAGAUGAAUAUCCUGCAAAUGAAAAUAACUACAACACAAACCAAAAUCAACAUUCUUCGUCGACUGCUUACAGAGGCACGUCUCCAAUUAAUACAGUAACUUCGGCUUCUGUAAGAAAUGAAAUACCACGACGUGGCAAUACUGUCUACAUUGAAAAUAAUAUCAGUCACCAAGAUAUUUAUCAACCGUCAACAGCUGCUGAUUAUACAGAAAAUAGUAAAUACGACAAUCAAGCUGAUGAUCAGAGCUCGUACAAACAAAGCAACAGACAAUCUUACAGCGCAAGGCCUGAACCAACAGAUCAGAAUCAGUCAAUUGCAGAAAUUUUAAACACAAUACCACCAAACUAUCAACAAACGUAUGACAGAUACGAACCUUUCCCUCCUACUUACCUUCAAGUACCUGAUGAUUCAAACAACAACCAAAACCUUACUUUCGUUAUUUUAGAUUCUUACCUAGACCAGGAGCGCUCCCCACACCAACAACAGGUCAUUAUUAAAAACAUUUCAGAGUUUAAUAAUGAUAGUUUUGAUAAUGAUCCAUUAGUUGAUGCUAUAAUUCCAACUACUAAUAGACCCACUUAUUAUUACAUAACAAAAGCUAGCGUUACUACGGCUGUUAACCCUAGCACUACUAGCACAACUACUACUACCACAACUACAACUACAACCACAACAACUCCUGAACCUGAAAAUCUUUCAAGGAGUAAUUCUGUAAAUAAAUACCCAUCUCUCACUCAAGUUAUUGCUCCAACAACUUACUCCCCCUUUAGAUUUGUCCUUAAAGCUCCAAUUCCAAAACCUGUUGUAAUUGAAACUACGCCAAUUUCAAAUAAUUGGAGACUUAACGAUACAAACCCUUUAGUUUAUCAAAAUACUAAAAGUAAUAAUCUUAAAGCUUACAAAGCUCUGAAAGCUGUACGGAAAAUUUUAAAUCCAGUUUCUCUUAAUCACGAGCUGUCUCCCUCUUUCGAACAAGAAUUUACAAAAGAAGAAGAACCGGUUAAGUUAAAAUAUUUUGCUAACGAUGUUAGAAUUAAUAAUGACAAAUUCGUACCGACAAAUACGAGAUUUCUAAAUAAAAAUCGGAAAACUAGUACUUCUACUGAAACGACAUCUAUGACAGUUGAUGCAGAUGUUAAAGCAGUCGAAGAUAAAGAUAAAUUUAGUACUGUAGAGUUACAUUCGACAGAGACGUACUCUAACGAUGAUAAAAUCACAAAAAGACCUAGACAAGACCAAUUUUCUAAACAAGAACCCAAACCUUUCUCCAAACCAUUUGUAACUACUACGACAAAAAUAAAUUUUCUGCACAAUGAUUCGAACCCAACUAGAGCAUCCCGUGUCAACGCCGCUAUUAAAUCUCUCAUAACUCUUGGAGAGACGCGAGGAUCGAAUAAAAACAAAGAAGGCGUGAUUUUCCCUUCAAAAAACUAUUCGAAUAAGAGAACACCAUCAAGGGGUCGUGGCUCAGUACAAUACUCUGGUGCAGGUGACCAAAUAACAAAUAACGAAGUAAUUGUCACUAACAAUAGGGGUACACCACCUACUCGGUCUAGACCAACCCUAAAACCGUCUACUUCGAUCGUUUCAAAAGCUCAAGAAUUCGUAGAUGUCUAUAGGUAUCCUCCCAGACGUCCUGAUGCAAUUUAUCCACAGCCUCAAGUUGAUAAAACCGCAGCUAAAUGUCGCAAAGAUGUUUGUUUGCUUCCAGAUUGCAGCUGUGGUGGCAAAGAAAUCCCUGGUGACCUUCCUGUGGAGCAAGUGCCUCAAAUUGUCUUAUUAACCUUCGACGAUUCAGUUAAUGAUUUAAACAAAGGUCUGUACCAGGAUUUGUUCGAAAAAGGCAGAGCCAAUCCCAACGGAUGUCCAAUAGCUGCCACUUUCUACGUAUCCCACGAAUGGACUGAUUACAGUCAAGUCCAGAAUUUAUAUGCAGAUGGUCACGAACUUGCUUCUCACACAGUAUCGCACAGCUUUGGAGAGCAAUUCUCGCAGAAGAAGUGGACGCGCGAAGUUGCUGGACAAAGAGAAAUCCUCGCUGCCUAUGGUGGCGUACAUCUUGAAGAUGUCAGAGGAAUGAGAGCUCCUUUCUUAUCGGUUGGUGGUAACAAGAUGUUCAAAAUGUUGUACGACUCCAACUUUACCUACGACUCUUCUAUGCCUAUUUAUGAGAAUAAACCACCAAGCUGGCCUUAUACUUUGGACUACAAACUGUUUCAUGAUUGCAUGAUACCUCCUUGCCCAACCAGAUCAUAUCCUGGUGUAUGGGAAGUGCCUAUGGUAAUGUGGCAAGACUUGAACGGAGGAAGAUGCUCCAUGGGCGAUGCUUGCAGCAAUCCACCUGAUGCAGAUGGAGUAUAUAAAAUGUUAUUAAAGAACUUUAUGAGACAUUAUACCACUAAUAGGGCACCAUUCGGUUUGUUCUAUCAUGCUGCUUGGUUCACCCAACCGCAUCACAAAGAAGGUUUUAUCAACUUUAUCGACACUAUCCUAGCUAAAAACGAUGUAUGGCUCCUAACAAAUUGGCAAGCUAUUCAAUGGGUUAGAGAUCCUACACCGACUUCCAGACUUGGUUCAUUCCAACCUUUCCAAUGUAACUAUUCGGAUCGUCCAAAGAGAUGCAACAAUCCUAAAGUGUGCAACUUGUGGCAUAAAUCUGGUGUUCGAUACAUGAGGACCUGUCAACCUUGUCCAGACAUCUAUCCAUGGACUGGAAACACUGGAAUUAGAAGUAGCAAAAUCGACAACGAUAUUGGAGAUUAAACUAGUUAAUUAUUUGUCAAUUCUCCUUUUUUUAGCCAUCAAAUUGUUGGUGUUUCGUUAGAAUAAUCGCGAAAAACAAAUCGUGAAAAACAAAAUACCAUGCGUAAAAUCGAUUGUAUUACAGAAUGCGACAUUUUUAAGUUGGUGUCAACUCUGGGGUAUGGUCACAUUCUAAACACAUCGAUGUUACCUGCCAUAUAAAAUAGUUAGCGUUAUAUAUUAUUUUCAACUUCAAUAAUCAAAUGCUUAUGGCUUUCAUUUAAUUGCCCGGAAUCAAAAUAAUGUAAAAAAAAGUUUGAUGUUAUUAUUUAAUAUUUUCGGGGAAGAAUUGUUUUAAAUUUUUUUCUCGGGUAGAUAAAAUAUUAAAUGAUUCCAUUAAAUCCAUGUUCAGACAUUAAGGGUGAUCAAUAGCCCAGAAGUUUCUCGCUAUUCGUUAUUCUUAAUCGUUUUUGUGGAAGUAUUUAAUUUAUGACGACUAGAGGGAUCUCCAAAAACAACACGAAAACUACUCGAACAAUUUUGUGUCUAGCUAAAUAAUAAAAAUACUGAAAUUGGUGAAACAUGAAGUUCUUUGUAUGUAUGUGAUUCAGUAGGUACAUACUUAUAAUAAUAUUUAUAAAAAUUACGAUGUUGUUCAGGUGUCAAGAACAAACCGAUCUUCAUACCUAACCAACAUCUCUAUAUAUAAUUAGUUGUAAAUAUAAAAUAAUUAAUAUUGUAUUGGUUUGAAUUUGAGACAAACAUUCAAAAUUGUUAAGAUAAUUAAAGAAAAAACACGCGUAUUACAAUAGUAGGUAAUGAUAAUUAUAAUAUUAAAUAUAGCAAUAUAAUUCGAAAUUGUAUUUAAAUACUUUUUUUAAUUUAUUGUCUUUCCAAACAGCAGUGGUUGGUAAAUAUCAACAAAAUAAAAUUAGAAAAA